GGCUUCUCCGAUUUUUAUUUACAUUUUAAACGUAUUUUUUUUAUUAUUUUGACCGAUUCAUAAUCGGAAGGCUGCUGAAAGCGAGCGAUAUUUGGACACUAUUAGGUUAUUUGCUAAGCAGGUUUAGUUUUUAAACUCAUUCUGAGAAGAUGGCACAUAAAGGACUGCAACUCCUAGGGUUUACUCUAUCGUUGCUAGGGUUGAUUGGGCUCAUUAUUGGCACAAUCAUGCCCCAGUGGAAGAUGUCUGCUUACGUUGGAGAUAAUAUAAUCACAGCUAUUGCGAUGUACCAGGGCCUUUGGAUGUCGUGCGCUUACCAGAGCACCGGCCAACAGCAAUGCAAGGUGUAUGACUCCGUCCUACAACUCGACAGUGCUCUCCAGGCAACUCGUGCCCUUAUGGUUGUAGCAAUUCUUCUUACAGUAGCUGGACUGGGUGUGGCCAGCAUGGGCAUGAAGUGUACUAACUGUGGUGGUGAUGACAAGGUCAAAAAGUCCCGCAUUGCCAUGACAGGCGGUAUAAUCCUCUCUGUUGGAGCCCUCUGUAGCAUUGUUGCCUGUGGCUGGUUUACAAGUCAAAUUAUCAGGGAUUUCUACAACCCCUUCACACCUGUCAAUACAAAGUAUGAAUUUGGUGCAGCUAUUUUCAUCGCCUGGGCUGGUGCAUUUCUCGAUAUAAUGGGUGGAGGCAUGUUGGCCUCUUCUUGCUCAAAGGGUCAGUCAUCUCCUAAUUACCCUAAGUCCUCCAGACCCGUCAAGUCCUCCAGACCACCCAGCAGCAGCAAGGAAUAUGUUUGAGCCAUUUGUUCACGACCUGGAAAGGACAUGAUCAAUCCCAGAGUAUGGGUAGAAGUUUGCCCUGUCAGCUGAUAUGAGAUCUGUUUAAUUUGGUUUGUAUGUUUGACUAUAGAUAGAAAAAACAGCUCAGAAAGGUAUUUUUGGCCAACUUUUACUUGUGUUCUGAUACAGCAGCCCACCAAAAAUGGUCACUUCUUUCUUUUGGUUAGCUCCUUGUUCCACCUUCCCCACCCCCGAUUAUAAAAUGUGAGUUUGCAAAGGGGCUUCUUCCCCAGAGUCUUCCUCAUUUCAGAUUACUGUCACCUUUAGUGAACAUGAAAGAGGGAGACCUGCUCAGGGAAAAAUCAUUACUCAUACUGCUCUGUUACACCAAAUCUCUGCUUCCAGCUGUUAAACCCUUGCUUGCAUCAUUUUAGGAACUGCGCCAGACACUGAGGUGCUUAUGAACAAUUAAUACAUGCAUUACAUUUUUAAAGCUAAGAGUAACAUGCAAAUAACCUGGUUCACUUUGCAGCAUUUUCCCUGUCUGGUCCCCAUGCCAGCAGAAACUCUUUUCAUACUUCAUUUUAUACAAAUUAGCACCCUUUAAGUAAAGUUUCACUCGUAAAUUCAAUGAAUCAUUCUUUUCAGUGUAUGCUGAUGAAGCUGGAUUAAAACUUUAGAUGGAAAAAUGAAGAUUAAUUUGGUUUGGAUGAGGCUUAACAUGAAGCACUAAAAUCAAAUUGCUCUUUCUUAUGCAACUUGAACCUUUUGAUUUGCUGUUGUCCUUUGUUUUGAGUGUACACCUUGGUUUUUGUGCCCAUUUAGGAAGGUAACAUGUUUUUUGUUUUUAUACACUCCAUUAAUUGGUCACAAAAAAGCUGUGAAUAUUGGCUUAGUUGAAUCACUGCUGGUUCCAACUAUUUUUAUGUUACUGUAAAACUUUUUUUUAUCCAUAAUAUGAACAUUUAAAACUGGACUAUACUUUUUUUUUUUUAUUUUGCUUUGGUCUGUGCUUGAACCAUUUGAUGUGGGUUGCACUCAAGUCUACUUAGGAUAGAGUCACGUGAAUGUCUGUGACUAGCUUAUGCAAAUAUUUAACUUUUUAAAAUGUUUUUGACUUCAAGUUUGCAAUUGAAAAAUUUUAUGUAAAUAAAUUUUUUAAACAG